ACAACACCAGAAGAAAAAUCCUGCUACUACUCUCAGCCAGUUGCACUGGUCGCAGCUAAAGUGAAAGCUAACACGUGUUUGCCCCAGUUUAUUCAACUGUACGCUUUAAAAUAAACUGCAACUUUUAUGAGUUACUGUUGUUUAAACAUUCCCAAUUCUGAGCCGUCAGUCGUCUAGGUUGAGCGAUAAUGGCGGACAACGGGGAUGCAAAAGACUCCCUGCAUAUGAUCAACGAGGGCGACAACGUUGUGUUGAAACGUGGAGAUGUCUACAAAGCUGUACAAAUAGAGUCGAGAAAGAAAAUCGUGUUUGAGAAGCAGUGGUUUUUCUUGGACAACGCCAUUGGGCACCAUUACAGCACUGCAUUUGAAAUUUCACCUGGAGGACAGUUGCAGCUUGCGAAACCAAAAGUCGUGCAAAGUGCUGGUUCUGACGCAAAAGAAGCUGGCACAGACAACCGUAACAUCGUGGACGACGGCAAGUCACAGAAAUUGACCCGGGACGACAUUGAGACACUGAAAGAGCAAGGUCUGAAGGGUCAGGAAAUCAUCCAACAGCUUAUAGACAACAGCUCCACCUUCAGGGAUAAGACGGAAUACGCCCAGGACAAGUACAUAAAGAAGAAAAAGAAGAAAUAUGAGAACACAGUGACUAUUCUAAAACCGACCUGCCGCAUCCUGGCGCUCAUGUAUCAUGGACGAGAGCCAGGCAAGAUCUGUCACUUGCGAUAUGAUACGCUGGCCCAGAUGCUGACUCUGGCCAACAUCCAUGCCGGAAGCAAAGUGUUGGUGUUUGAGAUGUGCGCUGGCCUAGUGCUGGGGGCCGUCAUGGAAAGAAUGGGAGGCUACGGAUCAGUGAUCCAAAUGUAUCCAGGGGGUGCUCCGCUCCGGGCGGGAGUGGAGAACUUCGGCUUCCCCGCUCAUUUCCACGACACACUGCAUAACUUUCCCAUCUGUCAUGUCAACGCUUUGCUGGCAGGAACGCUGGACACCAGCACCAAAGAACCCAGUGCUGAGGCAACGCAGAUCAAAACCGAGCAACAUAACACUUCAGAGGAUGGCGACAACAUGGAGACGAAUGCUAGUGGAGAACAACGUACUGACAGCGAACGCGAGCGAGACAGAGAGGCCAAGGCUGAGAUCAAGAGGAUGAAGCAGGAGGAGAGGCGCAAGAAACUAGAGGCGGCGGCAGCCCUGUUAGAAGGCAGGAACGCAGACGGAUUGGUCAUCGCCUCCCGCUUCCACCCGUGUCCCGUCCUGAUGUGCCUUCUCAAGUUUUUGUCUCCCUCCAGACCAUUUGUGGUCUACUCACAGUAUAAAGAAUCGCUGGUCGAGUGCUUCACCAAACUAAAGGAGCAAGGUGUCGCCGUCAAUCUCCGUCUGUCCGACACCUGGUUGCGGCAUUAUCAGGUGCUGCCUAACAGGACGCAUCCUAUGCUUCUGAUGAGCGGCGGUGGCGGUUACAUCCUAUCGGGCAUCACUGUGGCAACGGAGCAGACAGACCAGACUAAACCGGAGGAGCCGGCGGCAAAAAAACAAAAACUGACAGAAAGCUGAAGGACCCGCUUCAUACCCUCGUUUGUGUUUUGAGGGCACAUCAGCAACUUGGCUGGCGGGAGUGUCUGUUUGGAUUCAUCACCAGCCUGUUAUACAAGGAGAGGCCGCAAUACAGACACACUCUAGUUUUCUUGCUUUAUAAUAUUUUUUUUUUGUAAUAUAGUGACUGAAUCUUCACAAAAUUAAAAUAUUCUGAU